UUUCGCUUAUGAACAGCAGACAGCGGGGCGCCUGGAAACAGGUUUGAACAGCUCACAGAAAGUCUGACACGACACAGCGCGACUCUUUAUUCGCCUCAGACGCUCGGGUGGUUUUCUUCACGCGUUUGAUCCGCUCGCGAUCCGCGGAGCAGCGUCCGGGGCGCCGCUGCACUUUCCGAAAAGUUUCUGGACAAGGAUAAAUCAACAAAGGGAGUUGGAGGGGAGGAAGAGCGCUGGCGGGCGAGCUGGCUGUGAGGAGACAAACCGCAGAAGGAAAGUAUGGCCGCGCGCGGUGCGUCUGCGCUCUUCCUGCUCGCCUUUGGAGUACUAGGAGCGAGAGCGCAAUACGGAGACCGCGGCAUGUCGGUUCCCGAGCACGGCUUCUGCCAGCCCAUCACCAUCCCACUGUGCACGGACAUCGCGUACAACGAGACCAUCAUGCCCAACCUCCUCGGCCACACGAACCAGGAGGACGCGGGGCUCGAGGUGCACCAGUUCUACCCGCUCGUUAAAGUGCAGUGCUCGCCGGACCUCAAGUUCUUCCUGUGCUCCAUGUAUGCGCCGGUGUGCACGGUGCUGGAGCAAGCGCUGCCGCCGUGCCGAUCGCUGUGCGAGCGGGCGCGUCAGGGCUGCGAGGCGCUCAUGAACAAAUUCGGCUUCCAGUGGCCGGAGAGCCUGGCGUGCGAGACGUUCCCGGUGCACGGCGGAGAGCUGUGCGUGGGGCAGAACACGUCCGAGCCGAGGACGCCCGUCAACCCGACUCCAGACGUGACCCAAGCGACGCCCGAGCACCCCAGGAAGGGCCGUUUUAAAUGCCCGGCUUCGCUGAAAGUCCCUCCGUACCUCAACUACCGCUUUCUAGGCGAGGAAAACUGCGGCGCGCCGUGCGAGCCCAAAAAACUCCACGGGAUGAUGUACUUCAGCGAGGAUGAGCAGAAGUUUGCGCGCAUUUGGAUCGGGAUUUGGUCGGUUUUGUGCUGCGCGUCCACUUUGUUCACCGUCCUGACUUAUUUGGUGGACAUGAAGCGCUUUAGUUACCCGGAAAGACCCAUUAUAUUCCUUUCCGGGUGUUACACGAUGGUGUCCAUCGCUUACAUCGCCGGAUUUCUCCUGGAAGACAAAGUGGUUUGCAAUGAGCAGUUCGAAAACGAGUUCAGGACGGUGGUGCAAGGCACCAAAAAGGAAGGAUGCACCAUCCUGUUUAUGAUGUUGUACUUCUUCAGCAUGGCCAGCUCCAUCUGGUGGGUCAUCCUAGCGCUCACCUGGUUCCUCGCCGCCGGGAUGAAAUGGGGCCACGAGGCCAUCGAAGCGAAUUCGCAGUAUUUCCAUCUCGCAGCGUGGGCAGUGCCGGCCAUCAAGACCAUCACCAUCCUCGCGGUGGGUCAGGUGGAUGGAGACGUGCUCAGCGGCGUCUGCUUCGUGGGCAUCAACAGCGUGGACGCGCUCCGCGGAUUCGUCCUGGCGCCGCUGUUCGUCUACCUGUUCAUCGGCACCUCGUUCCUCCUGGCGGGCUUCGUGUCUCUGUUCCGCAUCAGGACCAUCAUGAAGCACGACGGCACCAAGACGGAGAAGCUGGAGAAGCUGAUGGUGCGCAUCGGCAUCUUCAGCGUCCUCUACACGGUUCCGGCCACCAUCGUGAUCGCCUGUUUCUUCUACGAGCAGGCCUUUCGGGAUCAGUGGGAACAGACGUGGAGCGCGCAAUCGUGCAAGACGUACGCGGUGCCGUGUCCCGUGCACAACCCGCAGAUGAACCCGGACUUCACGGUGUUCAUGAUCAAGUACCUGAUGACCCUGAUCGUGGGCAUCACAUCUGGAUUCUGGAUAUGGUCCGGAAAGACGCUUAACUCGUGGAGGAAGUUCUACACGAGACUGGCGAACAGCAAACAAGGAGAAACAACAGUGUGAUUUACCUGCUUUUUUAUAUGAUUCACCCCAACAACUGUUUAAAGAGACGCCCUUUGCGUUGUACAUAAACAUUGUGAUGAUUUUUUGUAAGUAUAUAUUUGUAUUUAAAUCUCACUUGGAUUUCUCGGAUGUUCUUUUUUAAAUCAAAUCAACUUUUUUGGACAAACCGCAUCGUUUUGGAGAUUAUUUAUGCCUUUUCUCUUGGAUUACUCUGGGUGGGGAUCUGUUUUUUUAAGCCUGUAUGUAAAACUGUGUCUUUUUAUCGACAUCAGUAUUUCCACGGGCAAAUAUUCAAACUUUUUACAUGCAAAUAAUGCAGAAAUAAUAAUAAUGUGUGUGAAUCGUGCACCCAGCACUUAAGGCCGCGUAUCAUGGGAAAAAUUGAGCUUUAAAUUAAAGCUUUGUGACUGAGAUCAGAUGAAUUAUAGGACUGGAAUGUUUUAUGGAGGCUGAGACUAGGAGCUAGAACAAAAAAAAAAAAAAAAAAAAAAAAAACAGCAAGUACACAUGGGGUUUGCUGGUCUCCUGGCCUGGGCUUGGACAGCAGCAAUCUCAGGCUGUUUUAAGAUGUAAAGUUAAGUGCCUUUUUCAGUUUGGAGCAGCAUUGGGCUCAGGCCUGCACUUGUGUUUAACUCAAAGAAAUGUAUACAUGUUUUUCUUCUGUCUGUAAUGAACUUUGGUGAUGUUUCUGAAGGGUUUGUGUUCUCUUUUGGCUCUUUUGCACAGAAGUACCUCUAAACAUACAGCUAGAACAGGAUGGAUGGUGUUUGCAAUGCACUUCUCAAAUAGUUUGGUGUCUGUGUUGGUAUCGUAACUAAUCCAUGAUGUGAAAAUUGGGAUGAAAGACUUUCUGAUGCAUAUGUGUAGCGAUAAACCAAUAUAUCAGCCGAUAAUUGUUCGUUCUGACAUGAUCAGCUGCCGUAAUCAUGAAUGCUCAUUCUUUGUAUCAUUUUCAAAAUUUAACAGCAUGCAUUUUUUUCCCCAGCUAAUCGUAUUGAUUUUUUUAAAGUAAUAUCGGUUGCAUAUCAGUCUGCGCUCUGAUUGUCGGUAUCAAUGUCAGAUAUUAAAAAACCCACAU